CUUUGACUUGUGGUACAUAUAAAAGAUAAAAAAUACUAUAUACCCUCUCAUCCACACCCAAAAUUUGGGAUUUUGGUUUUGGAUGAGAGGGUGUUCCACACAAGUGUAUAGAGCUACUGCUGUUAAUUUAUUUUAACACUUUUUGGUACACACAUCCCUUUUAAAAGGAGAUAUAUCUUGACAUGUCUCUAUUCAGCCUAUGUAACUAUGUAAUUAUGUCCGUAUAUGUUUGUUUGUUUUUUCUACCUAGAAUCUGCAGAUGCUCUGUUUACAGUCCCAUAGGGCUGCAUUAAAGUUUGAAACCUUGUAACGGUUAUUGAGGUGUUAGUGUGGCUAUAGAACAUAAUGAAUUCUGCCUUGACAGGUACGAAGCCGUGCAUCCUGUACGGAACUGGACGGACAUGAAGCGCAGGGUGGGCCCUUACAGAAGAUGCUAUGUGUUUGCUCACAGCUCAAUGCCGGGGGAGCCCCUCAUCGUCUUACAUGUUGCUUUGAUGCAGCAUAUUUCCGCCAGUAUUCAGGUGAUUUGUAACGGGGGUUAGACCAGCUCUGUUGUGCCUUUUCUUGUUUUAGUUUUCUUUUGCUUGUGGCCUUCGUGUUUUAAAGAUUUCACUCCCCCAUUGUCACUAACCAUUAUUUAUAUAUGUAUUAUCUUUUUCUUACUUUUACUUAUGUAUAACUAAAAACCCAAGAUGUAUUUCAAAAAAACAAAAAUUAAGGAAAUAUAGGGGGAGGGGGAAUAAUAGAUUAAUUAAAAAGCAACGUGACAGAGCCCAUACUGCUAUAUAAAUCUGCUAACCGAUUACCAGACGUAUGUACCCAUGCACAUGGAACAUGCUAACUGACUUAAUAAUGGCCAAUGUCACAUGUUGAUGCUCUAUAUAUAAUUGUAAUCUUUUCUAUAGAUUUUCACAGUGUCGGUGUUUGGUCUUUUUUUUGGACAAGGCAGGGUUAACUAGGCACUACGUAGGUCUAGUCUUUGGAAAAAUCUGUAUUCGUCAAGACACACUCAUUCAGGAUCUUCGAAUUUGUUAAUGUCUGUGCAAGAUGUCCGUUUGUGCUGUGAGAAAGAGAUUGUGACACAAGAGAUUUUAAGAAGAAACAGAAAAUGAUACUUCCUGAGUCUAUAUUAAGAUAAAUGUAAUAAGCAGGACCAGACUCAGACAAAUAUUUGCCUUGGUAUUUAAACCUAGAAGGGGGCAUGUUGUGUCCUCACCAAUUCCCCACAAUUCACACUUUUUAGUGACAAAAACCUGUGUAAAUUAUGUAGAGGCAAAACAGCGUGUUGGCAAAUAGAAUCACCAAAUAAAGUAUGUGAAGAUAGGCUACGCUUUAGCCAAUGCCCCGCUUUUAUAUCUUAGGUGGGAACCUAUUCCGCUGUCAUGCAUGAGCAGCUAAAUUAAUCCAGCACCAUGCCCGAGCCACGUGUAGGCGUCUCCCACUUCAUGAGGAUUUGUGUGGUAAUACAGGAACUUCUUUGCUUCCCAUUCCCACACAGACUUAAAAGCCAGUGCUGUAACUCCACUGAGCCCUCCAUUUCCAGCGGACUCUUGAUGUGACUGUCCCACAAGGUUGUGGGUGGCUGACGGAUAUUCUUUCUCGGCUCUCGGACCAGAAGAAGAACAGGGUGUCGGAGCGUCGCUGGAGCCUCUACGGUCUCAGCUGAGGUGAGUAUGCACCGUUGCUGGCGGGACUCGAUCCAGGUCCAGAAGGCUACACACAAGGCCUCAAAUUCCACAUGGAACUUGGAUUCCCAGCUGAACAGAUGCUUGGUUGUAAUGGUGGCCAUCUUGGAUACACCACAGGGGCUUUUGUAGCAAGGUGAGUACGAGUAUUGUAGCCGUCUCUGAUGGGGACUGGGAUAUCCCCCACUGGUGUGGGGGGAGUGGAGGGGGAGGUAACGUCACUGGUUGGAGGCUACAGCUAGCAACACUCUUUGGCAUGGGAGAUCAGCCGCCUCCCCCAGUCGCCUGAAGCACUAGACUGCAGGUUCCAAACAAGGUGUCACGACCGCACUUACCUGUAGGUCCCCUACCGCGUUUCCGCCCGCGGUUACAGCGGUUUCCCUUCAGGGUACGCCGAGCACCAAUACCGGCACAGGCAUUGAUAAGGCCAGUUUGUGGCUUUACCUUGAAGUUUCCCACAUCACUGAAUGGCAAUUCAGCCGUGAUUAUAGAUGCUCUGAGCCGGAGCUAGGUGAAAAUGCGUCGGGACAUCUUCAGCCCCCUGUUUCUGCAAUUCUUUAUUUAUAAGAGUGCUAAUUUUCAAAUAAAAAGGAGUACUUUUAUAAACUGCAAUUAAAAUAAGCAUAUCCUCAGACAUAAAGCAUUUCAGUAAGCUGUGUGUAGCGUGUUCCUUUAACCCCUUAAGGACCAAACUUCUGGAAUAAAAGGGAAUCAUGACAUGUCACACAUGUCAUGUGUCCUUAAGGGGUUAAACAGGUUGGAUUUGAGACCUGAUUCUUUGGGUGAUUGGUAGAGAUUGAUCUUUGUUUCACAAAUUGUUGUACAAAUAAGUUCUUUAUUUUAUUUUUUUCUACAAUUAAAAAACUGGAGAACAUUAAUGAUCAUGACUACUUUGUUAAAUAUUUUUUCUCUGUGGUAGGAUAUAUUAUUGCCGACUACUAAGGUAUUGCAAGCUCGCUCGGCAAUGUAAAAGUUAAGCUGUAGAGAUUGAAAAGAAGCCGUCAAUAAGUAUUGCAAUCAUAUCUGCGGGGAGUCCAUGAAUACAGAGCGUUGCCGAAGCCUCUGACUUAAUAAGAAAGCCGGGCCUUUUAAAGUCAUGAAAGAAAAGUGCUCUUAAUUUGCUGUUCAGAGUUUUUCUCUCACUCAAAGUGUCAGUGAGUCAGGAGUUGGCCCCAUCGCGGAGCCCUGCUGAGCCCAACCGAGAUCUGCACAACAGAUAAAAAGGGACACGCAUUUCAUUAUUAUAGAGGUCUCGCUUCUUCAGAGAAUGAAAGAAUGGAGGAUCUCGCCUAGGUGUAUGUUAAUUUUGAAUAUCAAAUUAGUUACAAAGAAUGAUGGCUACGGUAAUUCACAAGGCAUGGCGGCAGGGAGCCUCGUUAAUCUGAGUGUAUGUUUGCAAGAUUUCCUCAUAUAACAAUGCAGAGAUAAUGACAGAACCCGGGAUGUCUAAUGUGGGCACACCCAAGUGGUUGGGAACUACCUUUCCCAUGAACCUCUACCAUCCUAACUCCAGAGGAAGGUCAGUAAACUGGAACAUCUCUAAAUAUGUACAGACAUAUUCCCCUUCUAAAUACUGAUAUUUGUGACUGUGACCUGAAUAUUACCAGCUCCUGUACUCUGUAGACUCCACUUAAAGUGAAAUAUAAUUGAUUUAUUAAAUAAGAAAGUAUGUGUAUCUGGUAUGAGAAGUGUCUAACAUGCACGGCUAUUUAAAAAUGUCGGCACUGUUCUAGUGACUGUCUUUUUUGUUGGAUUUUUUUUUUGCCGUUUUUUAAUUUUCUGUUUUUUGUUUACAGGCAAUAGUUAAGGAAAUCCCGCCAUCUGAGCUUGAAGAUGGAAACAAGAUCAAGUCAGCCAUCUUUUAUUCCAUAAGUCUAACUCAGCAGGGACUGCAGGGGGUGGAACUCGGCACGUACCUCAUCAAACGUGUUGUGAAGGAGCUGCAGGUCUGUGUGACAGAAAAAGCGUGUAAUGUAUAGAUGUGUAACUCUCAGGAGAUUUGUCCUGUGUAACCCCAAUCUUAUGACAGAAUUGUAACAUCCUUUAAUUUAAUGCAAAGAUUUAUUUUAUUACCCAUCACGUGCCUGAACCUAGAUGCUCCCGCUUGGUAUGUGCGGAGCCUUGGCGCUCGCAGACGGUAUGCGCUUAACGUUGCCGUUUGUGGGCGGUAUGCACGCAACUAGCCCUGUAGGUACUGACUUUGACUCUCUCGCCUGAGGGAGGGAGCGGAACCUUGACACUCUAGCCUGGUGUGCGCAGAACCUUGGCACUCGCGCCCCGUAUACGCAGAACCUAUGAUUCUUAGGUUGCUAACGCACACUGUCUUUUGCUGGUAGAC